GGUGUAUAAUUAAAUUUUUGAAUCAUUGAAUAUCUGUGUCUCUGCACCUUGCUGAGGCAAAAAACGUGGCACAAGACUAGAGAAAGUGACAGAGGAGAGCUGUAACAUUGAAGAGAGGGAGCAAGGUGAGGAUCCCAAGAAAGCUCCCAGGUUAUAUAGUAACCUGCACUGUUCAGACAGUGACUGAAGAAGAAAUACAAAAAACUCAGCAUCUCAGAAGAAAAAGAAAGAGAUUUUGAUCUGGGUAUUGUGUGAAAAGCAGCUGGUUUUUUGGGUUUUUGCUUUGGUUUUGUGCAGAAGCAAGGGUGAAGAGAAAUGCAGCAACAGCUAAUGCAGCAGCAGCAGGCUACUCGUGGGGGGGCUUACAAUACCACUAGCAUCACUACUGAUCAUAUCCAGCAGUACUUGGAUGAGAACAAGUCCUUGAUCUUGAGGAUUCUGGAGAACCAGAGUUCAGGAAAACUUGGCGAAUGUGCAGAGAACCAAGCUAAGCUUCAGCGUAACCUUAUGUACUUGGCUGCAAUAGCUGAUAGCCAACCACCACCCUCCCCUAUGUAUUCUCAGGGGGGCAUGAACUAUAUGCAACACCAACAAUCCCAACCGAUGGUCCCAGAUCCAGCAAUUGCAGCCCGGCCAUCCAUGUUCUAUGGUCAGCAGCAUCCCUAUAUGGCACUUCAUCAACAACAAGCCUUGCAGAGUCAGCUUGGCAUGAGCUCUGCCGGAAGUAGUGCAGGUCACUCUCUACAGAGUGACAUUACUUUGGGGAGCGGUGGAAGUGCAAUGUUCCCUAGUUUUGGCCGCAGCUCUGGUGAGGGAUGGCAAGCUGCAAGCAGGGCAGCUGGCGGUUCCAAGAAAGAAGACAACGGAAGUACAGGUUCCGUUGAAGACCACAGCGGCAAAUCAUGAAGACAAUACUAGUCAGCAAGGCCCGAAUGAAAGUUUUGUUCGAGAGGUGCAAGCAUAGAGCCUCUAAUUACCAACAUUCCUACUCAUCAAUGAAAAUUAAUGGUAGGUAACCAACGUUUUGUUGAUGUAUUAGUAUUUAGUAAUGACAGUAGUUUCGUGUUUAGGCCUGGGCAUCUAGUGCAAAUUGUAGAACGUUUAGUUAGCUGUCUGGUUUUACGACAACAGAGAAGUUAUCUGUUUCAUUUUCGAAAGGGAAGGCUAGAGAGCCAGGCUUUUCUAUAUAUUAGUUCAUCUUCAGUACUUCAUAUGACUGAGAUAUUCUCUUUUACUAAUAUCAGUCUGGUUAUAGCAGACAAUGAUAUCUUAAGGUUUAACUUA